AUUCGCACUCGUCACUUCCGGAGAGAGUCGAGUGGCGCUCGAAGAAUUCGUGACACAAGUUUGCACAAGUUGUAUACUGUAUCCACGCGUACCAUAUUUAUCAAUAUUUAUCUUGUUUCCGAGUGCUGUGCAAUAACGCGGGGUGAAAGAGAGAAAGAAAAAUAUCGGUGCUCCGCACGCGUGUUUUCUCAGUCGCUUGUUUAUUAAGACAGAAGAAAGAAAGUUAGGAGGAGAGAGGACCAAAGUGAUGCAGGGUGUCGAGUGUCGAGGUGGAAGUAUGGUCGAACGACUCGGUUUGGGGCCGGAGAUCCGCGAGCUCAAGCUGGGUCCCAGCUUUACGAGCAAUAGCACCAAGUUUCACACCUUAAAAUAUGACUUCAAGCCCGCGAGCGUCGAUGACUCCAAGGUGGCCAAAGUUGAUGUAGGUUCGGACAACACGGUAACGGUUACCAUGCCACAUUUGGAUGGUGCUGGCACCCCUCACACUGUGUUCAAGGGCUCGCAAAGGCCCUACAAUAAGGAGUACGUCCUAAUUUUAGACAAAGUUACCGGGGAGAUUACGUUGGAGAAAUUAACUGGGAAUGUCCAGGUUAAAAAGACACGAGCGGAGCCCAAACGUAAUAGCAAUAACAAUUCUAUGCCAGUUGAGGUCAAGAAAAGCCCUACAUAUGGCAGGGCGAAUGGGAGGACCAAGGUUAUUAGUGGGAAAAAGAGAGAACCCUCACUGCAACUGCAUCCUACCAAACAGAGCCCACCACGGACAUCACCAUAUGAUAAAGCUAGUCCCCUGAGUACAGCUGCCAAUGGCUUUUCUUCACCUGUGCAAUCAUCCAGUGGGCAACCAACCUUGGCCAGUUUACCGAUGAUCGGAUCCGACAAUGAUGAUUUUGGACUGGCGUCAAUGAUGCCUUCGUCCUCACUGAUCCUAACUUCUCAGGCAAUGCCAACAUUAAAUACUAAGUCGACCACAUUGGAGAGUGAUUCCAGUUCGAGCAGUUCGAGUUCCGACAGUUCAAGCAGUGAUUACGAAACAGAAAAUGUCUCAGUGCCAACAGCGAUUAAUGGUAAUUUGAAUAGUACAACUGCCUCACCCACAUUCCUGCCGGAGAAUCUCUUAAAUGAUGAUCUGCAAUUAUCUGAAUCGGAAUCAGAUUAACGGUGAUAUAUCAAUAGAAGUAAUAAAAAGUAUUCCAAGGAGUCAACCGUACAAUUUUUGUUCUGCGAUAUCUUUUUAUUAAUAUAUCAAUUUUGCGGAUUACGAUAAUUCAACAGAUUUCUUGAAAUUUUUAUACGGAUGUACACGUUAUACAUAUGCAUAAAAAUACAUAUGUACAAUCGCCAUUGCAUCACAAUGCUGCAGUAAGUGCAAUUAUCUUUUUACAAUUCUAAAGAGAAUAAAAUCUUAGACUGUUAUUUGCAAGAAAUGUAAACUAACUUUAUAUCAAUUAUAAAUAUUUAUUUCAAGAAUAAAAUAUAUGAAUAAAUAAAAUACUCUUAUAAUGUA